AUGCCUCGAGAGUUAAUAACAAUACAAACUGGCCAAUGUGGCAACCAAAUUGGAAUGGAAUUCUGGGGACAACUUUGUGCUGAACAUGGUAUAAGCCAAGACGGAAUACUUGAAGACUUUGCAACUGAGGGUGGAGACCGUAAGGAUGUGUUCUUUUACCAGGCUGAUGACGAGCAUUAUAUACCGAGAGCUUUACUGCUAGACUUAGAGCCUCGAGUAAUAAAUAACAUCCUAGCUUCAAAGUAUGCAAAUUUAUAUAAUCCCGAAAAUAUAUAUUUAUCAAAAGACGGAGGUGGCGCGGGGAAUAUUUGGGCAUAUGGAUUUUCUCAGGCUGAGAAAGUUUGCGAGGAUAUAUUUGAAAUGAUUGAUCGUGAAGCAGAUGGAAGUGAUUCACUCGAAGGAUUCAUGCUGCUUCAUUCGAUUGCUGGUGGAACAGGAUCUGGGAUGGGCUCGUUUUUGCUCGAGAGGCUGAAUGAAAGAUAUCCCAAAAAACUAAUACAAACGUAUUCAGUGUUUCCAAACAACGAGGAAGUCUCCGACGUAGUUGUACAGCCUUAUAAUAGUAUUUUAACACUAAAGAGAUUAACUGAAAAUGCUGAUUGUGUGAUUGUAUUGGAUAAUGCAGCUUUGACGCGAAUCGCGAGCGAUAGGCUUCAUAUUCAGAACCCCACUUUUGCUCAGACUAAUCAGCUGGUAUCAACUGUAAUGUCUGCUAGCACCACAAUGCUCCGCUAUCCUGGCUAUAUGAAUAAUGAUCUUGUAGGGAUGAUAGCGUCAUUAAUUCCUACUCCAAAGUGUCAUUAUUUGAUGACUGCAUAUACUCCAUUCACGAGUGAUCAAGUGGAAAAAGCAAAAUCUGUUCGUAAAACUACAGUACUUGAUGUAAUGAGACGGUUAUUACAACCGAAAAAUAAAAUGGUAUCCACAAAUCCUUCGAAAAAGAGUUGUUACAUUUCUGUCUUGAAUAUUAUUCAGGGAGAAGCUGAUCCAACUGAUUUCAUUCCUUGGGGGCCCGCUAGUAUUCAGGUAGCUUUAACGAAGAAGUCACCGUAUGUUCAAACUUCACAUCGGGUGAGCGGAUUAAUGUUGGCUAAUCAUACGAGCAUUACUUCGCUAUUAAAGCGUACUUGUGAUCACUACGAUCGUUUCAGGAAGCGUGGCGCGUUCUUGGAACAAUAUAAAAAGGAAGACAUGUUUGCAGAUAAUCUUGAAGAAUUCGAUAGUGCAAGGGAAUCUGUUCAAAAUCUGAUUAAAGAAUAUGAAGCUUGUGAAAGUCCUGAUUACAUUCAUUAUGGAAUUGCUAAAGAUUGA